AUGUCCACGGACGAUAAGCACCCCAAGGACGUCGUGAGCUCGGCCUCGUCCGACUCGCACGCGCCGUCGAGCAACAACAACAACGUCGACGCCGCUUGGAAGUUCCUCAACACCCACCGCGAUGCCGGCGACGGCACGGCCUCGGUCGACAUUGACGCGCUCCGCCGCAAGAUCGACUGGCGCAUCGUGCCGCUCAUGUUCCUUUGCUACACCAUGCAGUUCCUGGACAAGGUCAUCCUCAACUACGCUGCCGUCAUGGGUCUGUCAAAAGACUUGAAGCUCGUCGGCAACGAGUUCUCCAACAUUGCCACCUUUCUCUUUGUCGGUCUCCUCUGCUUCGAGAUCCCCAACAUCUACUUCCUCCAGAUGAUCCCCGCGGCCAAGUGGCUCGGCCUCAACGUCGUCCUCUGGGGCACCGCGACGGCGUGCGGCGCGGCGGCGCACAACUACCAGACGCUCCUCGUUUCGCGCGUCUUCCUCGGCAUCUUCGAGGCCACCAUCGGCCCCUCGCUGAUGCUCAUCAGCUCGCAGUGGUACACCAAGUCCGAGCAGGCCCCGCGCUUCUCCUUCUGGUACCUCGGCCUCGGCCUCGGCCAGAUCCUCGGCGGCGCCAUCUCGUACGGCUUCCAGCACAUCCCGCCCCACGCCGCCCUCGACGGCUGGCGCAUCAUGUUCGUCGUCCUCGGCUGCGUCACCGUCGCCAUCGGCGUCGCCACCCUGCUCUUCGUGCCCGACACGCCCAUGAAGGCCACCUGGUUGUCCGACACGGAGAAGGUCGCCCUCCUGCGGCACGUCAGCGUCAACCAGACGGGCAUCGAGAGCCGCAAGUUCCGUCCGAGGCAGAUCCUCGAGGCCCUGAUGGACCCCCAGAUGUAUCUGAUGACCCUGGCCGUCGUUCUCCUUUCCGUGUCCAGCGGCGUCAUCACGACAUACUCGGCCACCCUGAUCCGCAACCUCGGCUACGACCCGAAGCGCGCCGCGCUGAUGAACAUGCCAUCGGGCGUCGUCAGUAUCUUCUUCACCCUCCUCGUCGGCUACGGUAUCCGCCGCACGUCCAACCGGUGGGCGUGGAUCGUCGUCUGCAUCAUCCCGGCCAUCAUCGGCGGCGCUCUCAUGUCUUUCCUCCCCGUUAGCAACCGCUCCGGCUGCCUGGCGGGCAUCUACCUCGUCAACGCCGUCGUCGCGCCCCUGACUGUCUUCUACGCCUGGACCGCGGCCAACUUUGGCGGCGCGACGAAGCGCGCUUUCGCCGCGGCCAUCGUCUCGGGAUCCUUCUCCCUCGGCAACAUCAUCGGCCCGCAGACCUUCCAGGCCCGGGACGCGCCCGAGUACCGCCCGGCCAAGAUCGCCGUCAUGGGCACCCAGGCCGGCUGCGCCCUCGUCACCCUCGCGCUGUACGCCUACUACCGCCUCGAGAACAAGCGGCGCGGCGCCGUCGCCCAGUCCGAGGACGCGUACCUGGCGCCUGAAGUCUGGCAGUCCAUGACGGACAGAGAGAACAAGUCGUUCCGAUACACGUACUGA